AGGCUUCUUAUAUAUUCAAAUAUUUUAUAAACAUUCUAGAAUAUAAACGUUACAGGUAAAGGCCAUCAUAUAAUGGAUAACUGCGAUGAUAGACUAUGUACUUUUCAAAACUGGAAAUACAAAUCUUCACCUUUAAAGUUGGCUGAAGCUGGGUUCUAUUCGACAGGUUACCAUGACAUAGUGAUGUGUUUUAGCUGUGGAACAUCUUUACGUUACUUCAAGGAAGAUGACGAUCCAAUGCUGAUACAUGAAGAAAUAUCAAAGCUGUGUCCUUUUCUGGCAAAUAGGCCAGGAUUGACUUUACCUGCUGCAUUAUCAUCAGAUGCUACAAGAAAAGCGUCGUCAGAGAUGUCCAUAUCGGAAUUAGAACAGGAAAACUGGCGACUACGGUCCAUGUUGGAGUGCCGGGUCUGCAAAGAGCGGCCGGCCUGCAUGUUGAUAAUUCCCUGUGGUCAUAGGGCGGUCUGUAUGGAGUGCGUACCGAAUACCAGCACGUGUCCAGACUGUGAAAGGGAGGUCACAAAGACAGUGAAGACUUACAUGGCGUGAAUGUUCUAGAUUUGCAUAGUUGCAUGAACGCUAUAUAUAGUAUUUUGAGUCAUCCGUGGGGAAUUCCAGUUUUGGGGGAGUAUUGAAACAAUUUUGUAAUUGAUAACGCUGAUAUUAUAGUUUUGGUCUUGUUUAAUAAAGUAUAUAUUUAAAAACGGAAGUAUAAAACAUGUGUUAUUUAAUGGUGAAUAUGGUCAAUAUUUGUGAAUAUUUUGGAUCAAGAUGUGUUUUCUAAGUUAAUAAUGUUCUACAUUAUAAUAAAUUGGAUUUGCAGGUAAGACUUUUUGCAACUCUUUUCUAAAGUUGUCAAACUUGAUCAGUCGAUCCUGGUAAAAGGUUUCAAAAGUUGUAUUAUAUUAAACCGGAUAUUGUUAUUAAAUGAAAUACCUGUUUUGAGGUAUUUGCUAACGGAAAAUCAUUUGCGUUUAAUACUUAAUUGUAAGAUCUUUGAAAAUUUCAUAAUGCAUAUUUAACAUGUCUUUGUAAGAUAAUACUGGAAGUAUGGCCUAAAUAGUCAGGUAAAACGUUAAACCGUGAUAUAUUAGUAUCUCAUGAGCGGUGGUUAGAUUUACAAGUUCGAUUAAAAACAAACUGACAAAGGGGAUCCCUUAAAUACUAAUACAUGGGUUUUUCAAGACUUUUGACAAUGUCACUUUGGCAAGCGCAAUACAUGUAAUCAUUCUUAUAUGAUUAGGUGGAAUUUUGUUCGCGUAUUAUGCAAACAUGUGUAGUUUGUGUUUGUUUCAUAGUAUACCAGAUCAUUUCAUUUUCAUCAUUUUAAGACUUGUUAACUUUUUAAAGAAGCUUAAAUUGUACCAAAGAUGCCAUAUAAUGGAAUUUUGCCCUAAAUUAAAACUGAUAAAAAAUUCCUUAAAUUUAUAAAUGUCUUGUUUCUUUUUAAAAUCUGUACAUGGAUCUAAAACGUUAUAAACGAAAACAUGGGAAAUUAUAAUUUAUAUUGUAAAUUUUAAUGAAUCUAGGUUACUAUUUAGACGAAACAAGAAAAUUGAACCAAUUACAGUACAACCGGCUUGUACACUUCUGAUGAAGAACUAAAUCUCCAAUUUAUAUACAUCUAAUAAUGUUUAAGUAUUACAGAAGUAUAGAUUUGAUUGAGACUGAUCAUUGACGGCAUUGGUAGGAACAUUUCUAUCAACGCCUCAUAGAACCGACUCAAAUAUUUUCAUUAACAGUGUAUUUCGAAGUAUCACAUAACCAGUCGCACAACAAGUUGACCGAUUAAAGGAAUAUAUUUUGUGAGUUCAUAAAAAGCGUUCUAUUUUCCGGAUGCAUCCGCAAUUUCAUAGUUGUCCAUCAUUGGCAAUGAGCACAUUGGGUACAAUUGACCAGAUUAAGGUUUAAAGGUUUAAAUACAUAUCAAUUGGCUCGUGGAUAUUUAUUCGAUGUCUUUAGAUAAAACCAAUUAAGUGAAAUAAAUUGUUCUAAAUAUAAUAAGUUUGCACAUAGCAUGAAACGUGCUAAAUGUUAUACUGAUUUGUUAAAAGACUGAAUAAACAUUUUUCAAAAUAGUACUUGUAUAUUUCAGUAUUCCAUUAAGCGCAAGCUUUACAAACCAAUUCGGUACUUGCUUUUGUUUUAUCUUGCUGACUUGAUUUUGCUCAUUUCUUUAAGGACAAAGUUGCAAGAAAGAGAACAUGCAGAACAGAAACGCUCCUCAAAGAGAACGGUCCAUGCAAGAAUAUGCAAGGACCAGAAAUUGGUUAAAUGUUACAGAAUGGGCAAGAUCGGGAUUUUCAAAACACGGCGAUUUUCUGCGCUGUUUCUGCUGCAGUAGCAUUAUACGUCCAACGCAAGGCGAUGAUCCUUGGAAAGCCCACGCCACGUGUGCCAGAUUUCCGCACUGCAUAAAUGUGAUUGCUGAAAAGGGAAUAAACUUCAUAAACCAGGCAUACGUUACGGAAAACGAUGGUUUUUGGGCACCCAGUAUUGUUCAGCGCUGUCAAAUGUCAGUGAACUUCAGGAAUGUUGUAAAUAUUCGAGCUGAGGAGUUUCAACGUGGAAGAGAAGUUCAAAUAUAUGAACAUAAUCCUCAAGGUGUCCAACGUUUCCUGUCACCGGCCUUGCUUUACCACUUGAAGGACACUUACAGGGGAAUGAUGAUGGAAUUUUGCACCUUGACCGGGAAACGGUACCGAGAUCCGAUGGAAGCAGCGUUUCUGUCGUUUGAUGCCAGAAAAGACACGUUUGUGAACAUUCAAGGAGAAGCCGAAAUGCCAACGUCGCAAGAUAUGGCUGCGGCUGGAUUUAUUUAUACAGGUGAAAGGACAUGCCGCUGUUACUAUUGUGGCUCUAUCAUUUCUGACUGGUAUGUCAAUGACGACCCUUGGGAAAGACACGCCAUCUUAAACAAAGGGUGUUACCACGUUAUCUUCUCUAAGGGGGAGGACUACAUUCGAAAGGCAAACGGUUGAAUGGUUAAAGGAAAUUCCAAGCAAGAGUAACAUAAAACCCGGAGACAGCAUGCCAAGAGUUGUGUCGGUCCGAUAGAUUGGGAGGAGAGAUUAUAAAUAAAUAGAUUACGUCAUUUGAAUUUAGAUAGCCUUGAGUUGAAACGCUGCAUCUCAUGUUUGAGACAGGAUCUUGUUUAUGCUUACUUAUCAGAUUUAAUAUGCAGAAACUUGUUGUUUUCAAGUGUAUUUUUGUUGUGUUAUCACCGAUAUCAAGAUAUGUUGUAUUUGUUAUUGUUGUCUUUUUAACCUAAUUUCAUUAUAGUGCACCAUGUUUUUCUCUAAUAAACCAUUAUUUACCGUUAUUUGUUUAUAAAGUUUUAAAUUUCAAUCAAUUCUCAAACAUUUUGCUCAUUUUUCUUCUUAUUCAACAAGUUUGCAUUCAUAUUUGUUUUAUUGUGGAUUUUAUUUAUAUGUUAAAAUUGUUGAAUUUUUGUUUUUGGAAUAAAUGUGAAAUUGA